AGUCCCUGUUUGACAAAAGGGUGGAGCAGUUCCGUCAGAUGUAUGGACAUGAAGGUUCCAGUGCCGCUCCUAACGCUGAAGUCCCUCUGCAACCAGCCAGCUCUGUUUGUAGAACACAAGUCUUGUUUCUUGUCUUAUACGGAGGUAACCUGCUGGAUUACAUCCAUGAUGCAGUCUCCAGACGUCGGGACAUGACCAACUUACAAGCCACAUUCAACAACGUGAUUCAGUCCCACUACCAGCUGGAUCCUACCUGUGUUCAGUUCCGCCUGGUUGCCUGUCCAAAUCUUUGCAAACAGACAUUGUCUUUACUGUCCAGACUCUCCUUGUACAAUACUCCUCCUGGAAGCAACACUAAAGAUGUCAAUUUGUUCAGAAGCCAAAACUUUGUGCCGCUAGAGGCGGUCGCUCUCAUCGCUACAGGAAGUUCCGAUUACCGGGAACAGGUCAAUGCCAUGGUGAUGUCUGCCAAUCGUGUGUACAAUAGCUUUCUUCAAUCUCCAGAGGGAAAGGAAUUCACAGGACAGGUGUGUUUGUUGGCUGAUGCAGUUGGCUCCUUGUUUGCCUAUGAUGCUCUGACGUCUGCAAGUUCUCCAUUCAGACAUGAUGGGUCUCACUGCAGCAGUCAGGAAAGCCUGGAGAGCAGUUCUGCAUGUCCUGAGUCAGGUGUUGCUUCUAUGCCUUUGAGCCGCUCAUCCAGGAAGUUUAGUCUCAGUGACCCAAACUUGGUUCAGGAUACAUUAUCUCCAUCUAGAAUUAGACAUCCUGAACGUAGCAAGAGUCAAAUCAUGGCCUCAGAUGUAUCUAAAGCCUAUCAUUGUAGUCAGAAAGAAUGUAAAGAAAAAUUACUGCAGCCAUUGCCUUCCCAGAAUUCUUUGCUGAACUCUAAAGAUAACAGUGCAACAAGGGAGAAUGUGGAGAAGGCUGCAACAAGACGAACAAGUGGUGAAAGUGAUGGAUCAUCCGCUGGAUUUGACUUUGAUGUUUCUGAUUUUUUCAUGUGUGGAGCUCCGCUGGGAAUGAUCUUGGCAUACAGGAAUUUUCAGAGGGGCAAUGAUUCUCGCUUGUUGAGACCAAACUGCCACCAAGUCUACAACAUGUUCCACUCAAAUGAUCCAACUGCCAAACAUUUAGAGCCACUGCUCCAUGAUGGCUUCUCCUAUAUACCCCCUGUCAACAUUUGCCGAUAUUCUAAGUUCCCUUUGGGAGAUGGUGAGCCGGUCCAUGUUGUUGAAACAGUACAAAAACAUCUGAAGCUUUUUACCUUGGAGACAAGAGAGCACAAAUGUUCCUCAGAAAAUAUUCGGCAUCUACAGCGACAGAACAGUUUCAGCAGUUUGACCAGUACCUCAAGUGGAUUGGGCGAGAACACUGUUGCUUCUAUUACCAAUGUGACCAGAAACUGGUGGGGAGUGAAGAGAGUGGACUAUGUCCUGUACUGUCCAGAAGUCCUGCAUACAUUUCCCACCAAUGCCCUGCCCCAUUUGUUUCAUGCAAGCUUCUGGGAGUCCUUGGAUAUGGUGGCUUUUAUACUCAGACAGGUGUUGAGACAAAACGAGUUCAGGUUAGAGCCAAUACCUGGUUUAGUUCCGGGUGCCAUUCCUGGUUUCAAGAUGAAAACACCAAGAGAGAAAUGGAUCAAGAGACGAACCACAAUUAAAGUUAGGAACUUACAGCCAAACCACAGAGCUAACGAUGUGAUUGUUCUAGAGAACACGCCGCAGCUGCUGACUGCCAAGUUUGUGUAUGGGUCCCUGGAUAUUGCCUCUUUGUCGGGGGAAAAGGUGGAUGUGAAUAUAAUGAAGCAACCUCCUACGGGAGACUGGGCCCUCUUGGCAUCCAGCACUACAGACAGCCAUGGAAGGUUUUCAUACCUCAUACCUGAAGCAGAUAGGCUACCCCAAGGCAUGUAUCCAGUCAAACUGGUUGUGAGGGGAGAUCAUACUUACGUGGACUUGUUCCUGACAGUUCUCCCCCCAAAGACAGAGACCGUUGUCUUCAGCAUCGAUGGGUCUUUCACUGCCAGUGUCAGCAUCACAGGAAAGAACCCAAAGGUCAGAGCUGGGGCAGUUGAUGUGGUCAGGCAGUGGCAAGACCGUGGCUACUUGAUUUUGUACGUUUCUGCGAGACCGGACUUGCAGCAUCGCAAAGUAGUGACCUGGCUGACUCAGCACAACUUCCCUCAUGGCAUUGUGGCCUUCAUGGACGGUCUGUCCAAGGAUCCGCUGAAGCAGAAGUUCAAUUACAUUAAGUCUCUGCAGACUGAGGCUCAAAUUGAACUAAAAGCUGCUUAUGGCUCCAGCAAAGAUGUCAGCAUUUACAAAGAUCUCGGGCUACAGCCCAACCAAAUCUUCAUUGUUGGCAAAGUUUCCAGAAAACAGUUUGGACACGCUCAGAUUUUGUCCGAUGGCUACUCUGCACACCUGAUUCAACUGACCUCCCCUGGAUUCCUCAGACCAGCUGUUGGUGGUGCCAGAUUUUUUCUUCAGAAGUCCAACUUUCGUCUGUCCACAUAUGAACAUCACAGGAAGGACAGCAAAAAAUCGGCAUGGGGCUCCCUCUCAAAUCCUCCCGGGCAUAUCAGUGCCAGGUCAAAGUUUAAACCCAGCCAAACUACCGGAGACAAUACUUCGGCUAUUAUUACUGUUCAGGAUUUCUCGACUGGCACCUGA